AUGAGUGGUACAUACAGCCUGGAGGAUAUGGCGGGGUACCAUUCGAUCUAUGAUGAUGUUACUCUCCCACCAAUCACCCUCACAUACUUGCCCACUGGUCAGCAAAUCACAACUAAGUCUGAAAUACCUGUGGGCCAGGCAUUGAAGGUGUUUGAUCCCGAAAUCAACGCCAUAGCCGCUCUCGUUAACAAUGAGAUCUUAAGCCUCAAUGAAAAGUUGGACAUAAGCAGCACAAUAGAGCCUAUAUUCUUCAAAGGCGAGUAUGCGCGCCAGAUCUUUUGUGACUCUUUCACGGUGGCACUGCAGGCUGCUGCAACUAAGCUCUUUCGCGGGCAGGCUCUUGAAUGUUGCUACAUCAUGCAGAAUGCUAGGUUUUUCAAGUUCACCGACAUGGCCCUUACUCGUGACGAUCUAGACGCUCUAAAGGCUUUAUUGAUCGACAUCUCAGACGCUGACCUCAAAAUCUCGCGUACUACUGUUUCGUUUAACGACGCACUUCACUACCUAAAGGAAAUUCAUCAUAAGGGCUCUUGUAACCUGCUUACGUCUAUCAACACGUCAAAGGUUUCUAUGGCAAGAAUAUACUCCAAAGAGCUUAGUAUUGAUUUCAGAACCCUCUGGAUUUCUACGCUCGCACCUUCUACCGGCGUCUUAGGAAAGAAUCUAUGGACGAUGAAGCUUCACGAUGCAGGGAUACUUGUUCAUCUCACCGAUGACUUUGUCAAUGUUAAGCCUCCCAAUGCUAAGCUUGAGAGCCAACUUGCUCCAAUCAUGAUGGCCUAUAAAAACUGGUCAUCUGUCCUUCGGGUGCCGAAUGUAGCGGCUUUGAAUGAACUAAUUCCUAACAGGACAAGAAUUCGUGAGUUCAUCAACACGUGCGAGUUCAGACACGAGAAGCACAUUUCUGAAGUAGCUAAAUCUAUCCCAGAUGAUGUCCGCUGCAUCUUUGUAGCUGGCCCCAGCUCGUCAUCUAAAACCACGUUCAGCAACAGGCUCUCUGUGCAUCUCCGUACUCGCAACUUCCAGCCCAUCCGCGUCAGCCUAGAUGACUAUUAUAUGAAUCCGGAUAAUAUCCCCCGUCUAGAGAACGACCCAACAAAGCCAGAUUUUGAACAUAUAGAAGCGCUGGAUCUUAAGAGGCUGAGCGAAAACCUUCACGGAUUACUUAAUGGAGAAGAGGUGACCAUGGCCCAUUAUGACUUCAGGACGAAGACUGCAGGAGACGGCAAGAAGCUGAAGCUUCCGUCGGGCGGGGUCCUCAUAAUUGAGGGCAUCCACGCUCUGAAUGACCGCAUAACCUCUGCUGUUCCUGCUGAUAAGAGGUGUAGAAUCUUUAUACAGCCAGUGGGAAACUUGAUCUGGGACGAGCUGCGUCUGUUUGAAAGCGUGGAUACACGCCUACUUCGCAGAAUGUGUCGUGACUUUGUUUUCAGGAACCGCAGCGCAGAUGGCACAUUGGACUUUUGGCCAAGCGUCAGAGCUGGCGAAGAACGCUGGAUAUUGUCGAACCAGAGUAAGUGUGAGAUAUACUUCAACUCUUCAGUGCUGUACGAGCUCUUCACGCUCAAGGUCUUUGCAAUUCCACUUCUCAAGUCAGUGCCACAAUCUAGCCGCAACUUCCCAUCGGCCCGUCGUCUCCUGCGCCUUCUGGAGCCAUUUCUCCCCAUACCCGUUGAGCUAACUCCAGAGAUUUCCCUUAGUCGCGAGUUUCUUCCAUCUGGAAGCAUCUUCGAAGACUUCUUCUUCUAG